CAGACCUUGCAGGUAACGCGGCAACAGCGCUCAUCGGUGUCUCAGCCCCCGACCCCGCUUUCAUUCCAUUCUUCGCAGGGUCCUGGUCCAGGGCAUUCACCGUACUACGGGCAAGAUCCCCAGGCAAUGGCUGUCGAACCACCACCAAACCGUCGACCCACAGGCCUCCGGCGCGUGCGGGAUCAGCGGGACCUCCGGCCGUACGUAAACCCGCAACCCGCAGGCCGAAGGAUGGAUGGUGAUGGCGCGUUCCUUGCGCCUGUACGGCAACUGACGACGAACAUUAUCGAAACGUUCCGCAUUUGCAACCCCGCGUUCAGAUAUGAGUCGGCGCAUAACCCCCGGCGAGUGCUUACCAAGCCCAGCAAGCCUUCCCAUAACGAUGGGUACGACAACGAGGAUUACGAUUAUAUCCUGUAUGUCAACGAUUGGCUGGGAACGGAUGAAGGACACAAGUAUCUCAUUCUGGAUAUUCUCGGCCAAGGAACGUUUGGGCAAGUAGUCAAAUGUCAAAAUAUGAAGACACAUGAGGUCGUAGCGGUGAAAGUUGUGAAGAACAAGCCAGCGUAUUUCAAUCAAAGUAUGAUGGAAGUUACAAUUCUUGAACUCCUGAACAACCAAUGCGACCCUCAUGACGAACAUCACAUUCUCCGGCUUCGAGACUCGUUCAUCCACAAGAACCACUUAUGUCUCGUCUUUGAGCUGUUGUCGUCCAACCUUUACGAGCUGAUCAAGCAGAACCAAUUUCAGGGUCUCAGCACCCAGCUUGUCAAGGUUUUCACGGCCCAAUUGCUUGAUGCCUUAACAGUCCUGAAGGACGCGCGGCUCAUACACUGUGAUCUCAAACCCGAGAACAUUCUUCUGAAGUCAUUACAAUCCCCUCAGAUCAAAGUCAUCGACUUUGGUUCCGCAUGUCACGAACGGCAGACUGUCUACACCUAUAUUCAGUCACGAUUCUACCGCUCGCCCGAGGUACUCCUGGGGAUACCAUAUACUGCCUCUAUCGAUAUGUGGUCGUUAGGCUGCAUUGCCGUGGAACUUUUCCUCGGUCUACCACUAUUCCCGGGAACGAGCGAAUACAACCAGAUCACACGAAUAGUGGAAAUGCUUGGCAACCCACCACAGUAUAUGCUUGACAUGGGCAAGCAGACGACUCAGUUCUUUGACACUUUCACGGAUCAGUACGGUAACAAGAAGUACAAGCUCAAGAGUAUAGACCAGUAUUCGCGCGAGCACAAUACACAAGAACAGCCGGGAAAGCAGUAUUUCAAGGCAACAACUCUACCUGACAUCGUUCAACAAGCACCGAUGCCAAACUUCAAAUCCGGCUCUAGACAGCAGCACGAGGUCGAGAAAGAAAUGAACAACCGCGCGGCGUUCAUCGAUUUCGUACAAGGGCUUCUCAACAUGGACCCCAUUCAGAGGUGGACUCCACAGCAAGCCCGGUUGCACCCCUUCAUCACGGGCGAGAAAUGGACGAAGCCAUGGCAGCCGACUGGAAACGGACCACCUGCGCCUGCGCCUGUCACAUCUCCAGCGAACAACCCCGAUCCGAAGCGGCCAUAUGGAGGGCUUGUGCCUUCGCAGCCCAAGGGAACUGGUGCCUUCCGAGAUGCGGCUGCAUACGGUCAACACCUGGCACAGCAGCAGGCGUAUACCGCUCAACAGCAGGCAGCAGCGCAGGCGUCGCAGAACGUGUACCGGAACCCGUAUCUACAGCCGAACCUGCAACAGGGUCAGCAGACACAGAAUCCAUCAUCUGCCUACGGCUCGCAAGAUGCCAAUACUUUCUCGUCGUCGCAGGCUCGUCUUGCUUCUCAUGGUCAUUUGCCCGUCAAUCCCGGGAACACACAGUACUCGUCUGGCUACGGAGUGCCUUCCCAGCAUCUCAAUCCUUCCGCGCCUUCUAACAGUUAUCAGCCUCCCAUAACCACUCGCAUGCGAUCUAACACCAUGAACAACCAGGAGCCUGUUCCUGCUGCGCUGGCCCGACUACAACACAUGAAUCAGGACGUGAUCGGCGGUCGCAAAGCCCUGACCCCCGUACUGAAGCGUGAUGACCCCUGGGAAAGGAGGCAGUCAGGGAAGGGUGCUCCAACUCAGCCCUUCGCGCCGCUAGAGACUCUGGAGAUGGCGGCGUCUCAGGGCUACUGGGGACACUAUGGCAGUCAAAACCAGGGAUCGAGCCGCUACUCGCAGCAGCCGCCGCAGCAACCUACGUCGAACCUUGCGCAUUCUUACACCAGUAUGCAAGUGGACGACGACAGGCGCGACCAAGUUAUGUCAACCGUGCGUUCUGCAGCACGGACAGAUGCCGGUCAAAACGUGUUGUAUGGCGGGGCAUCAACAAACGUAAUCCCAAGUCCACCGCAAGCAUACAAUAGCAGCUCCACGACGACCGGAAAUCGCUUCGCUGCGACAUACGCACAACAGACACCGGCGUCGCCAUUUGAUUCGCUUGAUCGGCGUGCAGACAUGGGCCAGUUGUACGCGCCGAUGCAGCCCGAUCAGUACGGUCCAUAUAGCGGCGCGGCCAGCAGUUCGAGCCGUCCGGUUGCACAACCCGCACAGGCUGUCCAGCCUUCGUUCUAUGGUCCCAGCGUUGUGCCGUCGGGACAUCAGGCAUCCGGCGUGCAGCGGAACCCAUUCGGUCAGGCAGACAGCAUGCAAAACACGCUGAGCUCAAAGGAGGCCCGACGGAAGAGUGGGAUGGAUUUGUGGUCACAAUAAUCGCUGGCUUGGUAGUGCUUGGUGCUGGUACUCGCUCGCCGGAGGAUCACGGACACGUCAUAGGUAGUAUUGAUCAAGGUUGCUUCUCACGUUCUUGUUCUAAAAUGUUUGACGGUACAUAGCUCAUUUUGCGCUUUAUUAUGGUUUGCGAUGGGACUCGUUGCUAUGUCCGCCGUUAAGUGUUG